AUGUCUCGCCAUGUACCCAGUACACGGGAUGUUCUACUUCCCGUGGCCGAAUUGAAUCAGAAAGGCGCUGAUUGGAUAGGACCCGACUUGCUGGGCCGAGAAGGAGACCUGAGAUGGACGGACGAUUGGACUGAAGUGCAGGUUCGCCCGUGGACCCGACAUGAGAUCGAUGGAGCCGAUGACGAUCAGCUCAAAACGCUCAUUACCGUUUUGCUUGGUGAUGUCAUGGCAAUGGAGUUUUUGAAAGUUACUAGUGUACUUUUCAUUUAA